UGUCGUUACCGCCUUUCUGCCUCGCCUCCGACUCGCUGGCUCUCCUGUUGCGGAGGCUACCGGCUCACCGCUCGCAGCCCUCCGCCGACGGCUUCGCGCUGCCCGGGGAUCGGGAACCCGCGAGACUCUCGUCUGCGGUGCUAAGGGUGUGCCUCAGCAGCCCAAGGCGCGGAAGAGGGACGCCCCGGCCUUCGGGCCACUGCCCUCGCUUUAUUUUCGUUGUCGCGAACGCCGUCCGCCCGGGAGGCGCCCCGUGACCGGCGCGAUGAGUGCCAACGAGGACCAGGAGAUGGAACUGGAGGCAUUGCGUUCUAUUUAUGAAGGAGAUGAAAGUUUCCGGGAAUUAAGUCCGGUUUCAUUUCAAUAUAGGGUGAAAACGGUGAUCCCAAAGCCUUCCUAAUAGAGAUUUCCUGGACAGAGACCUAUCCCCAGACACCUCCAAUCAUAUCUAUGAACGCCUUUUUUAACAACACCAUAUCGUCAGCUGUAAAGCAGAGCAUAUUAGCCAAGUUACAGGAAGCAGUGGAAGUGAAUCUCGGGACGGCCAUGACCUACACGUUGUUUGAAUAUGCCAAGGACAAUAAAGAGCAGCUCAUGGAGAACCACCGUCCUGUCUGUUCCGCUACGUCCAUAAGCAAUAUCAUCUCAGUUGAAACUCCUAACACAGCCCCAUCAAGUAAGAAAAAAGACAAAAAAGAACAACUUUCAAAAGCCCAGAAACGUAAGCUGGCAGAUAAAACAGAUCACAAAGGAGAACUUCCUCGAGGUUGGAACUGGGUUGAUGUGGUGAAGCAUUUAAGCAAAACUGGCUCUAAAGAUGAUGAAUAGCACUUGGAAUUGGAGACGAGGGAGGAAGAGCAUCCUUUAAAAAGUAAACUGGGUUCCAAAUCUUUCAUUACUCUUUUCUGGUAUUGAGGUGGCUUUUUAUAAAACCAUGUUUUUGUAUGUUUCUUACGUAAAAAAAUGUUUUAAGCUGAAAGUUCAUGAAGAGAUCUGGUUGUAUUAAAUUACUUUCACAAACUUGCCUUAAUAAAAGGUGAAAAUGUUACUGUUUAAUAUACUUUAUGAAGCCAAUUGGCCUUUGUAAAUGGGCAGAUAUGGGGAAUUAUAAAUCAUCGGUGUUGAUUUAUGUGAUCUUAUUCUGGUGGAUGUGAUUUUUUUAAAGGAGUAUGAAGCCCUUUUCAAAUUCUCAUCCCAGUGGAGGAGAAGACUGAGUGAACGGUGCGUUCACAGCAUGAUCCGUGUGAAUAGGCUUCUCGUCUGUACAUCUUCAUCCCUUCCUUCUCUUAAUUACUGAAGCGUAAAUUGCUUCAGAGAAAUUUAAAUACUAGUAUUUGAACUCUAUACAUAAUAUUCUUUGUAGUUCCUUUUUAUUUUUCAAGGGUGAACUGCUUUUUAAUAAAUGAAUAUGUUUAUACUUUCCUUCUGGUUUGGGUUAUGAUGUUUGAUCAUGAGAGCUUUCAAUGGUAUGUGGAAUAGGAGAAAGAAAAAUAAAAAAAAAAACCAAAUCUGCCGAAUACAUUAGAAAGCAUUUGACUAGAAGUGCUGGUUCCUAUUUAAAACCGUUCUCUUUGCUGCAUAUACCAAAAUGGGAGUAAAAGAUGCCUUAAUAUUUAAUUUUUAUAUUGUUAGAGAUAAUGGUUUUCAUAAAUUCCUAUUUAUCUGUUGUUGUGUAUUUUUAGUUGUUUGAUAACUGAGUUCUUCUAAGUGGUUUCACAUAAAACCACAUUUCAAGCUUUGUUUCUUUCCAAGUAUCCAAAUGUAUGUCUCAGCCCACUCAUCUUUGUAAAAAUAGACAUAGAGGUCUUUCAAAUGCUGUUUUAGCAGGAAGUUACUGAUGUGUAUGUGCAGUUUACAGUGAUUCUGUAUAUACUCCCCAGCUUCAAAAACACUUAGAACUGCUGCUGUGGUUUCUGAAAGAGUCAGUUGUUGGUUACUCAAUUACACCUGUGCAGCUCGGGUCUGAGUUUUUAAAGAAUAGUUAACUUUUAAAGAAGUUUCUUUAUCAAAAGAGCAGUUUGAGUUAUAGCCAUGGUUUUUGCUGGGUUAACAUUGGCUUCAGUUAAAUCGUUUCAAUUAUAAAGUAAGUAUAACUGGUGAAGAAGCUUGUCUCAUUUUUAAAUGCUGAAUCACAUUUUAUUUCUUGAAUUAAUGCGAUAGAAACGUCAAAAUUCCGGACCACUGGAAUAUGCCAACUUUUUUGUUUUGGGGUUGUGUGUAUAGUUUUUGUUGUGCUGAUUUGUUUGCUUGUUUUUUAAAGAAACUGAAACUGCUAUGUCUGCUAGUGGAAGAAAAUGCUUUGUUUUGCUCUGAAGAUUCUGAAAUUAUUCAGGCAUAUCGUGGUUCAUCAAUUACAAAGAAUAAUGCUAGUUAAAUGCCAAUGAGCUAUUUUUACUCUUUUUAUACGAAAUGUACAAAUUUCGGGGGGGGGGGUGAUGGUGGCAGCGGUGCCUCUUACUACCUUAUGUAAAACACUUGAACAUUUUCAUCAAUAUUGCCAUCAUCUGUUUAAUACUCCCAGUAUAUUUUCUCAACGUGUUUACCUAAAGUUGUAUGGAAUGACAUAAUAAGCAAUAAAAUCUGAAUUACACCCA